AUGAGCACCCCGUUGACCUCCGAGGAGCGGAACCGCUACACCGCCAUCAUCGACGGUAUCCUUGAGACUGCCGACCUCGAAACCAUCUCGCGAAAGAAGAUCCGUCAGGGGUUGGAGGCUGAAUUGGGUGGCAAAGAUUUGACCGAUCAGAAGGACGCCAUCAAGAAGCUCAUCGAGGGUCGCUUUGACGCCGUCUCAGGUGCCUCCCCUCCCGACCCCGCGCCGACCAAACGCUCCGCCAGCCGUGCCACGUCUGACGCCGGCGAAACCGACCCUGACGCCUCCCCCGAACCCGCGAGAAAGAAGGCCAAGCGCUCGUCGUCGGUCGAAGAUGCAGAUGCCCGUCUAGCUGCCCAGCUCCAGGCCCAGGAGAACAGCCUGGCUCGCAGCCGCAAGACCCGUGGCGGUAGUGACAAGGCCAAGGCGCCAAGGAAGCCAAAGGCGAAGGCAGCGCCACGCAAGAAGAGCGCCAAGAAGGUCGGCGCUGACGACGACAGCGAUGUGGGGUCGGGUGAGGGUGAGGUCAAGAAGAGAAAAGCCGGUGGCGGCUUCAUGAAGCCUUUCAACCUGAGCCCUGCCUUGUCGGAGCUUUGUGGUGAAACACAGCUUUCUCGCCCGCAGGUGGUCAAGAAGCUAUGGGAACACAUCAAGGCAAACGAGCUGCAGGAUCCGAAGGACAAGCGCCAGAUCUUGUGUGACGAGAAGAUGCAGGCCGUUUUUAAGCAGGCCAAGGUCGACAUGUUCCGGAUGAACAAGGAUAUCGGAAACCACUUGUACCCGGUCGAGGAAUAA